AUGGUUCCGGACCCCAACAAGGAACCACCAGCACCCUGCAAAUUCUGUCAGAAAAAGCAUUGGAAUGUUUUCUGCUGGCAGAACCCGAACCGAAAAGAUCCUGAAGAUGGAAAGAAGGGACCAUACGGAGCACCCAUGCCCGCAGGUUGGAAACCCAAACAGGAGUCCAAGAAGUCGUACAUAGUGGAGCUGGACUCGACGUCCGCUACCACCGAGACUCUUUUUUCGGCUUCGGAACUGGAAAGGACAGCCGCCGCUAAUCAAGGAUUCCACACCAUUGGAUUCUUUCAUUCACCCGAGCACUCGGAAUCAACAAUUUUGAUGACCGCACCUCUUUCCGAGGUCACGGUGACCAAGGAAGAGGACCCCCGCAUGCCCACGCAGGGCUGGGACCAAGUCUGGGAUAACAUAGCCAUCAUCCGGGGCACCCCGCAAGUGGCUCUGAUGAUGGGCGACAACCCCCGCAUGCUCAGCUUCUUUGCCAAAGAACCAAAGCGAGGUGCUGGGCACCUCAGGAAUGACCCCUAUGCAGUUGCGUGGAGUUCCCACCACCUCUACAUCACUGCUGCAGCCAAAGCUGACAAGGAUCGAAUCCUGCAAAAAGUCCGAGAGGAUGGUACCCCUUGUUUGAUCCUCCUUGCCUGGAUAAGGCUCGACAAGCAUGAGAAAUUCUUGAUGUGGAGCUCUGAAGACCCUGUUAUCUUUGAUUCUUACGCCAACCUGCAACUGGUGGCAUUUCUCCUGACAGGCAAUAUUGUUCACUCAGACUAUUAUUAUCAUCACGGAAACCCCAAAUUUCUGCACGUUAAAGACCAUCCACAUCUCCAAAGACAUGAAGAGAGUGAACGGAUGUAUAUAGUCAUGCUGGCUAUCAAACAAGUUGCUCGCCAGAAUAAAACAACAAAACCACAAAACAACAAAUCUAGGGAGCACUUUGAGAGUGUGAUCAAGGCCAUGGAAGCAACAAUUAAUGACAUCAUGCCCCAUUUCGAGGUUGUGGUGCCUUCCAUCAAUGCCUUCUACUUGGUAGAUUUAGGCGAUGUACUCAAAAGCCAGACCAAGACCCAAAUGCAGCCUUGCUGGAUGCUAGCUGUCAUUGCUCAGCUCUGGGCACCUGUGGUACUAGACACAGGAGCCUGCGAGUCUCUGGUUUCUGACACAUACCUGGGCCUUCUGUUCUCCGAAACUGAUUUACAGGAUGUGGAAAUGAUGGCUUUCAACAGCAUUGGUGGACGUAUCUCAUCUACCAAGACAGUGUGCCUCGAAACUUCCCUCAGAGGCCAUGGAGGAGAAUACCUGACUUUCUGCACCUACUUUCGGGUCAUUGCAUAUGGGAAACCUCUCAUCAUCCUAGCCAACGACAUUCUGGGACAUCUGAAACUCCAAACCUUGGUUCAGGAACCCCCAUUACCCAGUUUCGUGGUGAUGCUCAAGAAUCCGGACAUCCUUAUCCCUUGCUCCAUAACAGAUGAGCUGGACACCGAUCACAUGCAUGGCACGCCAUACAAGACCAAGCAGGGUGAAUUCAUGAAGGAUGUGUCAAUGCCACAGCUGACCAAAGCCAAAGCUCAGAAGUCUAGAUUAACCAUGUUAAUCACAGGACAGAUGCGCGUGGCAGCCCAAACUUUUCUCAUCGAAAACCCUCUUGAGGCCACCGCUGCUAGCUCAACGGCCCCAUUAGGCCUCAAACUGUCCACCACAACCCAUAAUUUGGUUGCAGACCCUGAAGAGAACAUUUCCAAAGAAGAAUGGCAGACACUUCGGAACAAAUGGAACCUCGACUCUAUGGAGAAGGCUCCAGGGGCCUUCGAAGCCCAAUUAAAAGAUGCAGAACGUUUCCACAUCGAUCUCAAGUGA